AAACUACCAUUUCAGCUUGCUCACCCGUUCUGCAAAGCAGCUGCGUGGUCACAUCCUGACAGAAUAAGGAACUGCAUUAACUGAUGUGCUCUUGUGUGGUAUACAUUUUUUUGUGCUUAGUUUAGUUGCAAGCCAGUAGCAGUUAAACAUCAGUUGGAUAAACCUGAAUUUAAAAUGUUGAAGAGAAAACCAUCCAAUGUGUCUGAUAAGGAGAAAAGCCAAAAACCAAAGCGCACAAGUAGUUUUGGAAGCUUUGACCGUUUCAGACAUCACUCAGUAUCAAAGACAGAUGAUUCUGCUGAGGUAUCUGAACUGGAGACUGUAAGUGAUGUUGGAGAUGCAGCACAAACCAAAGCAGCAAGUAAUGGAAGAAGCCUGGGUAAGAAGAUGAGAGCCAUUUCCCUUACCAUGAAGAAAAAGAUGGGCAAAAAGUACAUCAAGGCACUCUCUGAGGAGAUGAAUGAAGAAGAAAAAGAUGACAGUGAUCCUGGUGGUGGAAUACACACUGAGAAGGGCUCCAUAAAAGCCAGUGACUCUAUGGAAAGUCUCUACAGUCUAAACAGUGGUCAGAGCUCAUCCAGUGGGGUGACCAGCUGCUCUGAUGGAACAAGCAACAGGGAUAGCCUUAGGUUUGAUGACGAAGUCCCUUACAGUGGGCCGUUCUGUGGUCGAGCCAAAGUGCACACCGACUUCACACCAAGUCCUUAUGACACUGACUCUCUGAAAAUUAAGAAAGGAGAUAUUAUAGAUAUCAUCUGUAAAACCCCCAUGGGCAUAUGGACAGGCAUGCUGAACAACAAAGUAGGAAACUUCAAGUUCAUUUAUGUGGAUAUUAUUUUGGAAGAAGAAGCUGCACCCAAAAAGAUAAAGGCUCACAGAGGAAGCAAAAGGACCAAGCCUAAAACGUUGCAAGAACUCUUGGAGUGUGUCCAUCUGCAGGAAUAUGCCUCAACACUCUUGCUAAAUGGCUAUGAAACUCUAGAGGACUUAAAGGAUCUACAGGAGAGCCACCUGAUUGAAUUGAAUAUUUCAAACCCAGAAGACAGGACAAGAUUGUUAUCAGCAAUUGAAAAUCUACAGGACUAUGACAUUGAACAACAGCAGACAAGUGAGGCUGGUCAGGAGACACGGAGCUUAAGCCCUCAGCCCAGUUUUGACAAAUCACAGUUAAAUGACUGCCCAAGAGAUUCCGGCUGUUACAUCUCGUCAGAAAAUUCAGAUAAUGGUAAAGAAGAAGUAGACACAGAAAUGCUGUCUGACAUGGUGCAGUCAAUAACAAUCACUGAGUCAAACUGAUUCUGUUAAGCUGUAUUUCUGCAGAUGCUCAGAAAAAGCAAACAGAUAAGUGAAGUUGAUUUGCUGGUAUGGUGGCAGAGAAGCAGAACACAAAAUACUCUCAACACUGAAAAUCUACUUCUGUCUGAUGUAUGAUGCUCUAGACUGCUACGUGUGGACACCUGAGAGCUAAAUCUUAGCAGCUGAUAAUAUCUCAUGCUUUUCUUUUUAAUGAAUCCACAGACGUUUCACUGAAAAAGUUUAUACAUAUAUAUUUAUAUAUAUAUUUGUACAGCAAAUGCAUUUUUUAUAAUAAUAGAUAAUUGUUUCAUGUAGUGAUAUAUAACCUGGAUGUUAAUUUCUGGAACUGUCCCAAAUGUAAAUAUUGUAUAUAUUUAUUUUUAAAAGAUAUGGAUUAAUCACACUUUUUUUCAGAUUGUUUUGCUGAGAUUUGUACAGAAAAUGUUUGCAUUGACAUAACAUAAUAAAAAAAAUGAUACAUUCACAUUCUACUUCAAAAAGUACCAACCUAAUUCUCAUUAAUAUUAAAACUAUUUCAGGCCAUUCUUCUCCAAAAUGGUCUCUAGAAUAGACUAUUUAUUACAUUUUAUCCUGGACGUACAGAAGAACUGUAGUAUGAGUCUGAAUCAAGAUUUUUGUGUUCAUCAUCUUUUAGAGAGCAUAGCCAUCUGAAUUCUUACACACUGGCAAUUUGUAUAUUGUUAUUUCACAACUGUUCUCAUUCUUUACAAGCAGUAUAAAGAGAAUGAAAUCUUGAAACAAACAAACAAAAAAUAAUCUGUAUCAAUACUAUGCUUUUAUGAAUGUCCUUUGUGAAGCUCUUGCCUUUUGUGUGUGGUGUAAAGUUUGUUAAUUGAGUAUUUGUUUGCGUACAGAACUCAGAAGCUAAUAUGCUUAUUGUGAACUAUUGUCUUUUAUAUGAGUUUUAACUGUCAUUUCCCAGUAUAUUUUGCACUGGAAUACACAUUAUAUCUGCCUGUCUUCUUUUAGAGUACUUUCUUCAAAAAUAAAUAAAUAUAAAAAAUCAUAUGUUUGAGCCCUUUA